AUGGCGCUUGUAGGAAGAACGAUGCCUACUCUGCAGAUCUCGCGACCAGCCCUCACAAGACCCCGAUUACAACCACAGCAAUACCCAAUUCCAACAAGAUACACCUCAACCAGCCAAACCCAAAUAACCCCCCUCAAACCCCAACAAGCCCAAUCCAUCCUCGCCCAGCAACGCCUCCGCCGCCCCGUAUCCCCUCACCUCUCAAUCUACAAAUGGCAAGUCCACUCCGUCUCCUCAGCGCUUGAGCGAAACACUGGCAUCCUCCUCUCCGGCGGCCUAUACAUCUUCGCGACGUCGUACCUUUUUGCGCCGUAUCUCGGAUACGAUCUUUCCACUAGUACAGUUGCCGCUGUGAUCGCUGGGUUACCGGUUACUGUGAAGACGGGGGUAAAGUUUGCGCUGGCGUGGCCGUUUACGUUCCAUGUUGUUAAUGGGGUGAGGAGUUUGGCUACUUCGGGGGGUCAUACGCUUGCGAAUAAGAGGCAGUUUGUGAGGAUUGCUUGGGGGGUUCUGGGGGUUAGUUUUGCUAGUGCCGUUGGGUUGGUUGUGUAUUUUUAGUGUUGUUUGGGGACUCAUUGCGAACUGCGCUUUGGUUAACCAUGGAUGUAUAUGUGGGAUUGGGGAAACGUGACAUUACAGAAAGAGUAUGGAGUCUGGCUAUAUGUAUACAGACAGCGUAUAUCUGUUAUUAAUGAAUUUAUUGGC